UGAUGAUAAAGUACUCCGUAUUUCAUUUUCUAUUAAUUAAUAUUUACAGGAACUUGGAUCAUGACUGCAAACCUCCGAUGCUUUUUUAUAAUCAUUAGAUUUUCUUUUUCUGGGAAUCAUCCUUAGAUUUCCUUACAAAAUGUUGAAAGUAACAUGAUUACAUCAAGUAAAAAACGGUUUUUUCUUACCUCGACAUUUACUAAAAUUCAGUUUAUACCUCUAGAUUGGUAAGUCAGUCUAUUACAUACCUCAACUCUUUAUUUCUUUUAUUACAUACUCAAACUUCAAAAUUUUAAUUAAUUUCUGUAUUGACCGAAAAAUCACGAGUGAACCAGCUGAGGUAUAAACUGAAUUAACAAGUGUUGAGGUAUGAAAAAAUUGGUUUUCCUUACAUUAGUAGAUAGUAGAUCUUAUUAAUACACUAUUUUGAAAAUCAGGUUUUAAUUUUGAUUUGAAUUCUCUAAUUAGAGAUUUAUUUUUGACUAAUUAAAUAAAGUAAAGUACGAUUAUUUACUUUUUUUACUUGUAUAUUUCUUAUCAUAAACUAAAACAAUCUCAAUUUGAUUGCUCGUAGUCGGAACUUGAUCUGGUCGGAAGAUUUCGUUCUUUCUUCGACAAGAAUGUCGACAUCUGGGUUUAGUUUGUUCCUCGGUCUUCUACAACUCGUGGGUUUCUUACUUCCGUUGAGAACAUAUGCAAUUAGGAAGGACAUCGGAUUCUUAGAAGAGAGGAUUUGCAGAACAACCGUACAAGGAAGGUAUCUGAUCUCUGACGAUGAAGGCAAUGUGUGUAAUGCUCUGUCUUUGGAUUCUCGAACCCGUUGCUGUCCAUUGAAAGGAGAAAGAUUCUCUUGUCAUGGAUGCAACAUACUUUCACAAUGCUGCAGCUCUUAUGAGUUUUGCGUUUCUUGCUGCUUGAAUCCAACUCGGACGAUUCUCGAGAAGGUGGUUAAGAUAAAAGUUGCAAAGCCGGCUACAGCAGGGACAUACAGGACCGUAUUUGAUUUUUGUGCCGGGAGAUGCCGCCAUAGUUCUGAGAGUGUGGUUCAUGAAAAUGCAUACCACAGCAAGUUUCACCAUUGUUUUUCUCUGACGUCAAAUGCUUCAGGGGCAAAUCUUACACAAGUUGAAACAAGGCUUCUUGGCAUUGACGUUAUUGUCGGAAGGCAAGGAGAUUCAUGUGAUGCUGUUUGCAAGUCACGUGGACAAUUGUGUGUGAUGAACAAACUCUCACUUUUAAACCAAUGUGACGUUAUGCAAAGAUACAUGACUUGCAAAGGCUCCUGUUUAGCAAGUGCCGGGGCUGACCAGCCUGCUGAAGUUGCAGAUGACGCACCCAGAGAUUUGUAUCCAGGCGCGUGUUUGUAUAGCCGGACACAAUCAAUGCUUUCUUGUGACGGUUCACACCAAUACACCCGACGACUCUGCCCAUGCGCCUAGAAACUAAAUGAGAGAAAGCAUCUGUCCACAUCAAGUGUAACGUGUGUGGCCUACAUUUGAGAAUAAACUACAAGGCUACAGAAGCAGCAACGUACACAUUAGAUGUUUUUCACACAUUGAACAGAGCCAAAACCACAACUUUGUAUUCAUUCAUCAAAUCAGCAAAGAAGACACAAACAAGAGAAGGACUUGGACAGCUGGAGUUUGAAGUUGUUUCAGAUUUGACCUGUCUGAGAACGAAUAUCUUCAGAACUUAUGAAUUUGAACAUUCAUCAACCAAGAAAGACUUUUGGUUUAUAUUCAUUAACUAAAUGACUGUUCAUACAUUCAUAAUCAUAAUCCAAAUGAAAAUCAAAGACA